AUGAUGGCGCCUGUGAUCACGUCCCUAUUGGACACAGACUUGUACAAGUUGUCCAUGCAAGCGGCCGUUUUUCAGCAUUUUAAGGACGUGCCCGUGAAGUACAAGUACACAAAUCGGACUCCCCAGAUGGUGUUGAACAAGGAGGCUAUAGACUGGUUGAAGGAUCAAAUCUCUCUUCUUAGAGAAUUAAGAUUCACUGGAGACGAAUUGGCGUAUAUGUCCGAAAAAAUCCCCAUGCUUCCCAAAGAUUACAUUGGUGCAUUGAAGACGUUCAAGUUGGAGCCCUCAAAGCAGGUCUUUUAUGGUAAUGAUAAGGACAAUUUUCAAAAUUUCGAGUUGACCGUUGAAGGGACGUGGUAUGAGACCAUUUUGUAUGAAAUUCCCAUCUUGGCCCUCGUCUCAGAGGCGUACUUCAAGUUCGUGGAUACGGAUUGGGACUACGAGGGCCAGGAGGCGCUUGCUGCUGAAAAGGGCAAGGAGCUUUUAGGGCACGGUUGCGUUUUCAGUGAGUUUGGAACAAGAAGGAGAAGGUCGUUCAAGACUCAGGAUAUUGUUGUCGACUCUCUCUGUAAAGUGGCAAAGGAGUCACCGAACGGUGAGCUCUUUUCGGGAACACUGAACGUGCACUUGGCUAAAAAGUAUGGCAUUCCUCCAAUUGGAACAGUUGCUCAUGAGUGGUUCAUGGGUGUCGCUUCUAUCACUCAAGACUAUGUGAAUGCUAAUAAAGUCGGUAUGGACUAUUGGAUCAAGACAUUCCCGAAUUCCGCCGGCCUCGCACUUACUGAUACCUUUGGCACCGAAUCAUACUUGAAGGUUUUCAAGAAACCAUACACAGACCUUUACGCUGGCGUCAGACAGGACUCUGGAGACCCAGAGUUGUAUGCUGAGAAGAUUGCACAGCACUUUGAGGAAUUGGGUUAUCCUAAAAAUUCCAAAGUAAUUUGCUUUUCAGACUCUUUGAAUAUAGAAAAGUGCAGGCGUUACAAAGCCAAGGGAGAGUCGGUGGGGCUUAAGGUUAUCUUUGGUAUCGGUACUUUCUUCACCAACGAUUUCAAGAAUAAGAGUACGCAUGAGAAGUCUCAACCACUCAACAUUGUGAUAAAGCUAAUUGAGGCUAACAACCAGCCUUCCAUCAAGAUUAGCGAUAAUAUUGGAAAAAAUAUGGGAGUGCCGGAAGUAGUCCAACGAGUAAAGAAGGAAUUGGGCUACCAAGAGAAAGAGUGGGCCGAUGGUGAUGAGGCCCAUAGGUGGUAA